UGCAAGGCGGGCAAAUGAGAAGUAAUUGGGAAGAAAGAAGGAGGGAAAGACACGCGAGCAGAGAGAUUUGCCGGGUGUGCAGCACGGAGGGGAAAGGCAGCUGCUGCUUGGGAGGAGCGCUGCUGAGACUGGGAAAGGGGGUGCUCCUCCCCCUCGCCCCGUUUCGCACAGAGGGCAUCUGGUGACUUUUGAGGAGGUAGCUGUGCAUUUUACAGAGGAGGACUGUGCUCUGCUGGAUCCGGAGCGAAGAGCCUUGUACACGGAAGUCAUGGAGGAGAAUGUUGCGGUUGUGGCCUCUCUGGGGAGGAGAUCCUUAGGUGGAAUCUGAUGUAAAAAAACCAAAAACCCUUCCUUCAGAAGAGAACAGAGAGAUCUUUGACUUUAUUGAAGACUGCCUUAGAGCACAGAUCAGAGAUGGGAGAGAGAAACUCUGCUGGUGGCCAAGCAGGAAAAGUCCCUGAUGCCCCCCAGACUGGGAGGAGUGGGGGAUUCUGGCAGAUAUCUUCACAGAAGGUCCUGGGCGAAGACCCUGCCAGUUCAGAGGCCCAGCACCGGCACUUCAGGCAAUUCCGCUACCAGCAGACCAAAGGGCCCCGAGAGGUUUGCAGCCGACUCCACAGCUUUUGCCAUCGGUGGCUGAAGCCAGAGCGGCACACCAAGAAUCAGAUGCUGGACCUGGUGAUCCUGGGGCAGUUCCUGGCUAUCCUACCCCCAGAGAUGGAGAGCUGGGUCAGGGAAUGUGGGCCGGAGAGCAGUUCACAGGCGGUGGCCCUGGCUGAAGGUUUCCUCCUCAGCCAGGAGGAGGGGGAGAAGAAGCAGGAAGAGCAACAGAUACAAGGACUGUGUUCAGAUGCAGCCCCUGAUUUUCCUGAGGCAGAGAGGGCUCCAAGGGAUACCAGGCAGAGGCCACAGUCCAGGGGGAUCUUGCAGCAGGAGGAGGAGGACAGAGGUGCCACCUUACCAGGUGCUGGAGUGACACUGCCAAUGCCAUCUCUUUCUUCUGUGGAAGCUGAAGAACCUUCAAUAAGACCAGACCAGAGCCUGGUGGACUUUGAGGACGUGGCUAUUCAUUUCACGGAAGAGGAGUGGGCUGUUCUGGAUCCAGACCAAAGAGCCCUGCACAAGGAAGUCAUGGAGAAGAAUUUUCGGAAUCUGGACUUUCUGAAUGACUGGUUGGAGAGUGAGGGCGAGGGAAAGCCCCACAGAGGAUGGUUGGGAGCUGCCAAAUGGGGGGGAAAGGAACAGAGAAUGAAAACUGAAGCAGAACAGAAGGAUGAAUCUUCUGUUUCUGAGCAUUUUGAAGUCAUUAAAAUCAGAAUCCAACAAAUUAUGGAGGAAAAAAGAGAACGAAGCCUGCAUUUUGUGAGGAGGAAAAGCCUACGUUCUGAAGCAAACUUUCAACCUCAGGGGGAAAUGCAGAGGAGGGGGAAACUGUAUAAAUAUCUGGAAUGGAAAAAGAUCUUCAGUGCAAAAAGGAAACAUAAAAUACACCCAAGAACUCUGACUGGUGAGAAACCAUAUGAAUGCUUGGAGUGUGGAAAGUGCUUCAAUACCAGUGGAAAACUUACUAUACAUCACAGAACCCACACUGGAGAGAAACCAUAUAGCUGCUUGGAGUGUGGAAGGAGCUUCACCCGAAGUGAACAAUUGACUAUACAUCAAAGAACCCACACUGGAGAGAAACCAUAUAAAUGCUUGGAGUGUGGAAAGAGCUUCAGUGAUCGUGGAAAACUUACUAGACAUAAAACAAGCCACACUGGAGAAAAGCCAUAUAGCUGCUUGGAGUGUGGAAAGAGCUUCAACCGAAGUGAACAAUUGACUAUACAUCAAAGAACCCACACAGGAGAGGAACCAUAUAAAUGUUUGGAGUGUGGAAGGAGCUUCCGUGAUCGUGGGAAACUUAAUAGACAUCAAACAACCCACACUGGAGAGAAACCAUAUAAAUGCUUGGAGUGUGGAAAGAGCUUCAGUGAUCGUGGAAAACUUACUGGACAUCAAACAACCCACACUGGAGAGAAACCAUAUAAAUGCUUGGAGUGUGGAAAGAGUUUCAGCACGAAUGGUGAUCUUACUAGACAUCAAAGAACACACACUGGAGAGAAACCAUAUAAAUGCUUGGUGUGUGGAAAGAGCUUCAGCACGAAUGGCGAUCUUACUAGACAUCAAAGAACACACACUGGAGAGAAACCAUAUAAAUGCUUGCUGUGUGAAAAGAGUUUCAGACAAAGUGGAGAACUUACUAUACAUCACAGAACCCACACUGGAGAAAAACCAUAUAAAUGCUUGGACUGUGGAAAGAGUUUCAGACAAAAUGGGGAACUUACUAGACAUCAAAGAAUGCACACUGGAGAUAAACCAUAUAAAUGCUUGGAGUGUGAAAAGAGCUUCAGUACCAGUGGAAAACGUACUAUACAUCACAGAACCCACACUGGAGAGAAACCAUAUAAAUGCUUGGAGUGUGGCAAGUGCUUCAGUACCAGUGGAAAACUUACUAUACAUCACAGAACCCACACUGGAGAGAAACCAUAUAAAUGCUUGGAGUGUGGCAAGUGCUUCUGUACCAGUGGGCAACUUAAUAGACAUCAAAGAACCCACAAUGGAGAGAAACCAUAUAUAUGCUUGUAGUGUGGAAAGAGCUUCAGUAUGAAAGGAGAUCUUCGACAUCAAAGAAUGCGCCCUGGAGAGAAACCACAUAAACUAGCUUAACCCAUGCAGAGCAUCUGCGCUAGUACUUGAUUGCUCCCCUCACCCCCUGCCACAGCCCCCCUCAACUGAGCCACACUCCCACUCCUCCUCCUCCAUCUGGUUGCUUCCACCCCCCUUACCCCUCUUGGUCACUUUUCCAAACUUUUACUCCAUCCCUCUUGGUCACGGCUGCAGCAUUGCUGGUGCCUAUUGGCCAAGCUGCAGCCCCCUAUCCCCAGAGACCUCUGCACCUUCACCUGAGCCCUGUUCCUGCUCCUCCCCAUAGGAGCAGCAGCAGCGGUUGACCAAAUCCUUCCUCGCUGCUACCACCGCCAUGGCUGCUCGCUCUCCUCAGGCUUCUGGCAGGCUCGGGCCCGUCCCUCACCCUUCCUUCUUUCUCUUCCCCUCCCUUCGUUUUCUCUCUUUCACUCCUGUACUCGCUCUUCCCCUCUGUCUUUCUUCCCCUCCCUUCUUUUUUUCUUGAUUUCUCUCUCUCUCUCCCUUCCUGAGUUAACAAUCCUGUUGAUCUUUCCUCAUCUAGUUGACACAGUGGCAGCCUCCUUCUCCUGAAGGGGCUCUUUUCUCCCUCACAACCACUCUCU